UGCCCCGCGCAAAGAUGGCGGCCGCCGGCCUCGCGAGGAGGUCCGCCCGGCACAAAGAUGGCGGCCGCGGCGGAGCGGAACCGGAAGCGCGGGGCGGCGGCGGCCCGGGCGGCGGUAGGCGCGAGAGCGCGCAGGGCGGCGCGGGUCCGGGCAUGAAGCUGGGCCGGGCCGCGCUGGGCCUGCUGCUGCUGGCGCCGCUGGGGGUGCGGGCGGUGGAGCCCAUCAGCCUGGGCCUGGCCCUGGCCGGCGUGCUCACCGGCUACAUCUCCUACCCGCGCCUCUACUGCCUCUUCGCCGAGUGCUGCGGCCAGAAGCGGAGCCUCAGCCGGGAGGCUUUGCAGAAGGAUCUGGACAGCAAGCUCUUUGGACAGCAUCUUGCAAAGAAGGUCAUCUUAAAUGCUGUGUCUGGCUUCAUAAGCAACCCGAAGCCCAAGAAACCUCUCACCCUCUCCCUACACGGGUGGACGGGCACCGGCAAAAAUUUCGUCAGUAAGAUCAUCGCAGAGAAUAUUUACGAGGGUGGCCUGAACAGUGACUAUGUCCACCUCUUCGUGGCCACACUGCAUUUUCCACACGCCUCCAACAUCACCCUGUAUAAGGAUCAGUUACAGCUGUGGAUCCGCGGCAAUGUGAGUGCCUGUGCCAGGUCCAUCUUCAUAUUCGAUGAAAUGGAUAAGAUGCACGCGGGCCUCAUCGACGCCAUCAAGCCCUUCCUGGACUAUUACGACCACUUGGAUGGGGUCUCCUAUCAGAAAGCCAUCUUCAUAUUCCUCAGCAAUGCGGGAGCAGAAAGGAUCACAGAUGUGGCUUUAGAUUUCUGGAGAAGUGGAAAGCAGAGGGAAGAAAUCAAGCUCAAGGACAUGGAGCAUGCCUUGUCCGUGUCAGCCUUCAACAACAGGAACAGUGGCUUCUGGCACAGCAGCUUAAUUGACCGAAAUCUCAUUGAUUACUUUGUCCCCUUCCUCCCCCUGGAGUAUAAACACCUAAAAAUGUGCAUCAGAGUUGAAAUGCAGUCCCGAGGCUAUGAAGUUGAUGAGGACAUUGUAACCAGAGUGGCUGAGGAGAUGACGUUUUUCCCCAAAGAGGAGAGAAUUUUCUCUGACAAAGGCUGCAAAACUGUGUUCACCAAGUUAGAUUAUUACUACGACUGAUGGUGCAAGACUCGUUGCUUCACGUUGGAGAAGAGAGAGCUCAGCACCCGCAUCUUUCCCUGUACCUCCCCCGCUGCGUUCCCACUCCUGGAAGAGGAGUAAAAUGAAUUCUCCCUGUUGGACGUGACAGGAGUUUUC